AGCUGUCAAAGAGUCGACUUUCAGAAGAAAGUGUCUCUCCUAUUUAGACUCUCCCCAACCACGAUCUGCACCUCUCCAAUCAGCCACGGCUAAUCAGGACAGAGACAAACUCAAAACUCAUCCACCAGCCUCUCCUCGGGAAUUCAUCAAAGAUCUUCAUCAGAGUGCCAGCUUGCAGCCUGCCCUAUGGAAUUUGGACUUGUGCAUCCCCACAGUGCUGCAUGCACUCAUUCCUAAAAGGACUUCAAGGUUGCCUGGGAUGUGUUGGCUGAGAGCUGGGUGAUGGAGUCUCUGCAUUUCCCAGCAGGACCUGGCACAGAGGAGAUGCCUGGUAAUAAUGUCAGAUCUGAAAACCUACUGUGUGCAGCUCUGUGCUGAAAGCCUUAUGUGCAUUAAUAUCUCAUUUGACCCCACCAUGGCUCCAUGAGUUGGGUACCAUCAUUUUCACUAUUUUACAAAGGGGGAGGCUAAGGCUUGGAAAGGUUGAGUCCUGGCUAAGGUUGCACAUAGAAACAAGAGCUGGCAAUGAUUUCAGGGCUUCCUAUAUGCCAGGUAUUAUCCACAGCACUUUACACAGUCAUGCAAAGAUCACUACCACACUAGGCAGGCUCAGAAAGGUUAAGCCAUUUGCCAAGGUCACCCAGGCGUGCAAUUAUUGAGCACCUGCUGUAUACUUUGGAUGUGAUGGGCCAGGGGCAUCUCACCUCUGUUCUCAGGCCUGUGACCCUCCACACCUGCUGCCUCGCCCAGGUGGCUGCAACCAGUUGUGGGCUAAAAAAAUUCAGCAAAUGGUCACUGAGCUCCCCGGGUCCCAGAUGCUGAUCUCUGUCAGUAAAUAGAACAUGCUGUCUCACCUUAAUCUCAUUAGAACCCAGAUUCCAGGUGGAGCUAUAACUGUGCCCCUCGAGUGGACCAUCUUGGCAGGUGGUGAGCACCCCUUCACCUGGAGAGUCCAAGCAGGACCACCAUGGAGGAAAAUCCCUACACAGAUGUUGCGAACUUUUCCAGGAAGCAACGCUGCAGGCAGGGGACGCAGCUCGUGCUGUUGGGGCUGGGGACCGCUGCGCUGUGGGCCGUGCUGCUAACCCUGCUUCUCCUGUGGCACUGGGACACUGCCAAGAACCUGAAACAGCUGGAGGAGACAGCCGCCAGGAACGUCUCUCAAGUUUCCAGGAACUUGGAAAGACACAAGAGUCAGCAGCUGGGCCAGGAAUCCCAGGCUGCCAAGAUGGCGCAGAACAUGGAGAAAAUCCAAGUUGAACAGGAAACAAUGAAAUCCCAGGACUCUGAACUCUCCUGGAACCUGGAUGGACUUCGAGCUGAUCUGACCAACUUCAAGUCCCUGAGCUUGAACGAGAAGCGCACAGUUGUGGAUUUAUUGGAGAAACUCCAGGAGGAUGUGGCGAAGCUGCGGAUAGAGCUACAGGAGUUGAACGGCUCCAAGUGCACCACGUGCCCCGAGAAUUGGGUCAACUUUCAGAAGAAGUGCUACUACUUUGGGGAGGGUGCCAAGACCUGGAUCGAGGCCCGGUAUACUUGCGAAGACCUUCAAGGGCGCCUGGUCAGCAUCCACAGCUUGGAAGAGCAGGCCUUCCUGACCAAACACGCCGACAUGAAGGGCUCCUGGAUUGGCCUUCGGGACCUGAACGUGGAAGGGGAGUUUAUCUGGAUGGACGGGAGUCCUGUGGACUAUAGCAACUGGCAGCUGGGGGAACCCAACAACCAAGCCCAGGGCGAGGACUGUGUGAUGAUGCUGGGCUCCGGGAAGUGGAACGAUGCCUUCUGCCGCAGCAAGCAGGACGGCUGGGUGUGCGAUCAGCUGGUCACAUGCUGAGAACCCGCUGCCUCAGCUUCCCCGUGGCCCUGGGACCUGUUCCCAUCAGCUUCCUGCCAUCCCCAAGUGCACCUACCCCUGCCCCCCCCACAUUGCUCCCCCAUCACCCCUUCCUAUGAGAACAGCCAGGACCAGAGUGGGACACAGAGGACCCCUGACAAGGACAGAAGGGUCCUGGUGACAUUUACUCUGGCCCAAACUGGUACCCCGGGAAGACCAAGGCAGCUAGCCUAGCACCCCCCCUCCUGCUGAUGCCCUAGGUGGCUUGUCCCUUGCUGCCCAGCCGGCCUUCGUCACCACCUCCCUGCCUCCAAGUGCUCUGAAUUCCCUGAAGGCUCGCAGCCCCCACCCCACUUCCUGCCAGCGGGGACACCCACCCCUCACCCCAGACCAUGUCUCGGACCUCAGCAUGCUUCCUCUAAGCCCCCCCCCCCACCUCCUCCCUCCCCAGAUGCAGCUCCUCAGCAUCAGAAGGCGGAGACCCCAGGCUCAGGCAGUGAGGCCCCCCACCCUUCUGUAUCAAUAAAAUGGGGUGAUGCUGA